AUGAGAAAUAAAUAUUUCUGUGUUCGUAGUAUCAUCUUGAUUGCAAGCUUUUGUUUGUCGGACCAGGCGGCUUCUACACAUCCAACAAGACCAGGCAAAAUAAUUCUGUCAGACAAAGAAUGGAAGAAAAGGCUGGCCGAUGAAGAAUACAAUGUGUGUAGGAAGAGUGGAACCGAAAAGGCUGGGUCAGGAAAAUGGCUGACAAACAAAGAGAAAGGGGUAUACACCUGUGCUUGCUGUGGUACAGAGCUUUUUCAUUCCUCAACCAAAUUCCAUUCUGGAACAGGAUGGCCUUCAUUUUUUGAUGUUUUGAAGGACAAAGAUGUGCCGAAUCUCCUGGCGAUUGACACACACACUGACACAAGUCAUGGUAUGACACGAACAGAAGUCAGAUGUGGGAAGUGUGAAGCCCAUCUGGGUCAUGUAUUUGAUGAUGGUCCUCCACCAACUGGAUUGAGAUAUUGCAUAAACAGCGUGUGCCUCCACUUCAAGCCAGAUGUUUUGGAUAAAAAGGAAACAACAAAUGAAUUAUAA